AGAAGCACCUGAGCUGGGAUCCACAGCCUCAGUCCCCCAGCGCCCUCGGGGGAUCUGAGGUGGCGUCGUUACCGCGCACUCACUGGAUCAUCACCGGAUUUGUUUCAACCACUUCCAUGACGCGCCAGGACGCACCGAUGGAGGAUUCUGGACGCUUUUUGAAACCACGGACAUCUGCGGGACUGCAGCGGCCGGUGUGUGAUGCGAACUGAGCCGUGGGUGGUGUAGACCCCCUCCCCGCACCGCACACACCCCCACCGACUUAUCAGAGAACUCUUCCUCCGAGCGGGACGCACAGCCUGGUUUCACUCCACCGUGAGAACAUGUCCCGGGCAGCGGCUAUCGCCAGCUCCCUGAUCCGCCAGAAGCGGCAGGCGAGGGAGCGGGAGAAGGGGAACGCAUGUCGCGGCAGCGGCAGCCCGAGCAACAGCAAGUGCGCAAAUGAGAAACCGAGCAAGCUGAAUGUGUUCUCGCGUGUCAAAUUGUUUGGAUCGAGGAAGAAACGGAAGAGAAAGCGACCACCAGAGCCCCAGUUAAAGGGCAUUGUGACCAGGCUUUCCAGUAGCCAGGGCUUCCAGCUGCAGAUGCAGCCCGAUGGCACCAUUGAUGGAACCAAGGAUGAGGACAGCACAUAUGCUGUGUUCAACCUGAUUCCAGUGGGGCUUCGUGUGGUGGCAAUCCAGGGUGUCCAGACCAAACUCUACUUGGCAAUGAACAACGAUGGCUUUCUCUACACCUCUGAACAUUUUACCCCGGAGUGUAAGUUCAAGGAGUCGGUGUUCGAGAACUACUAUGUCACCUACUCCUCCAUGCUGUACCGGCAGCAGGCCUCGGGCAGGGCCUGGUACCUGGGACUCAACAAGGAGGGAGGCAUCAUGAAGGGGAACCACGUGAAGAAGAACAAGGCCUCCGCACACUUCAUACCGAAACCGCUCAAAGUGGCCAUGUACAGGGAGCCCUCCCUCCAUGACCUGACAGAACUCUCACGGUCCGGCAGCGGCACGCCGACCAAGAGUCGGAGCGCCUCGGCCCUACUUAACGGCGGAGGGAAAUCACCGAGCAACAAUGACUUAUCCUAGCCCCACACCCCUCACACACACACACACACAUUAAGGCACACAGACACAUGCGCACACACAAAUCUCAGGCGGAGGGAAGACGCCCAGCAACAAUACCUUAUUCUAGCCCCCUUAUACCCCACACAGACACACACAUACACGUGAAUACACAACCAAGCACACACACACACACACACGUGGAGUCACACACAGAUCUCAGGCCGAUAUGCCCACACAUCAGGCUGCUGAGAGUCAGGAGACGAGGGAGACGGAGGAGGACAGGAAGGUGUUCCUCCACGUUCACGGAGCCCACUGUGACUGACUGUGAUGUAAAUAAAUCAAGGACAAUCAAGCCCGUCUGACUCUGCUGCUGCGGCCUGCAGGCGGACAGGACCUGUGAAUCCCUUCCCUUGACGACCCGUCCCACUGGGCACCCAGACAGAACGAGGGAGGGAGGGAGCGGAGGAGGGACGGAGGGACUCAGUCAGUCAGUCAGUCGGUCACACAGUCCUAUAAACAGACUGUUACAGAGAACCAAAGAGUCCAAGUAUUAGCUAACAAAGUUAUCGCUACGAAAAAGUAAGGCAAGUGAUGAGAAAGAGCCACAGAGGGGAGGAGGAAGGUCUUUAUCUACUCUACCGUACGCUAUGUUUACACAGAGUUCAUGGGGUUAAGUCAUAUUUUUAAAAAUGGCAAUCGUAUUCCUCGUACACUAACAAGGACUGAUCAUUUGUUUGCAUGCAGGUGCGCCUGUGUGUGUGUGUGUGUGUGUGUGUGUGUGUGUGUGUGUGUGUGUGUGUGUGUGUGUGUGUGUGAGUGGUCUGGGUUAGCGUGCCAUUCUCUGCUCUUGCAGGCGGUGUGGGUUUGUGUGUGUGCGUGUGUGUGUGGGCAAUUGAGACUGUGUGUGUGUGUGUGUGUGCACGCAUGUGUCUGGGGGGGUGGGAUUUUACCUUUUUAAGAUCUGUUGUAUAUCAGACAGAACUCCUGAGGGCUUUAGCAGGUUAAAAUAAGGUUUUAAUGUAUAUGCUUCCAUGCUUACUUCUUACAAGCAAUGCUGUUGUUUAACUUUCCGUUCGUUGUCGUUGUCCCUUGCUGUUUGUUUGUUUGUUUGUUUGUUGUUGCAUGGAAGCUUGUUGACCUCUGCUCAGUAGCAGCAUGCCGAAGGUCCUUUUAUUUCCUGGUCUUACGUGUUCCCGACCAAGAGAGAACACUAGUGAGCCAAUAGUGUCAUACCACAACACUAGUGAACCAAUGUGAGGGUGUUAGAACACUACUGGACGAAUAGAAUUGCACCAGAACAUGAUUGGACCAAUGGUGUUGGACCAGAACUUUGGUGAACCAAUAGGAGCACAUACUUACGUAAUAUUUUGGUUCCUGCUCUGGACAAACUAGAAAUGCACUUAAUAAACUAUUUCUAAAGAAGUGAAGCCACUGUCUCUUCUUAUUCUGUUUAUGUUUUUAUCUCUUUUUAUUCACAGGUUAUCUUUUCCUGAUUCCUAGUUUGUAUUCACAAUAUCUCAAGAACGCUCCGGGGGGAAUUCUUUCAAAUUUGGAGCAAACAUUCAGUUUGAUUCAGAGAUGAACUGAUCAGAUUUUGGUUGUAGAAGGUCAAAUAGUCAGCUACCCAAUGUUCUUGUGAAUGUUAUAUAGCAAAAACACCCGUUUUGGAAAUUGGAUUUCUUGGAUCACAAACAUUUGUUGGGACUCAACUGAAUCUGAGGGUCAAAGGUCACGGUGACCUCACAAAGCUUACUUUUGGCCUCUUGAUAAUGAUUUCUCAAGUCUGCCUUACGUCAAAUUCUUACCAGUUGUCACUUGGACUCCAAGAUGAACUGAUUACAUUUCUGUGGUCAAAGUUCAUGGUGACCUCAUAUGAGUCUGGGGAGCAAAUGUGAAUAGCCUGAAGGUUGGUGCAGCAUUUAACUACAGCUUAAUCUUGUUACGUUUGUGUCUAUCAAAUUUGGAAAUUGAGUCCCUUUAAAAAUGUGUUUACUUCCGUGUUUUAUCUCUUUGUCCAUGUAUGGAUAUGUGAAAUCUAUAUUAUUUAUUUCCUCUUUUACAUUCUUACUUUUUAUCCAACAAUGUAUUUACACAAGACAA